ACCCCCCGCGUUUUCUGUUGCCAGCCAACAACAUGUCGCCGACGCCGGGCAUCCCCGAGUACUUCGCGGGCCGCGACGUCCUGGUGACGGGCGCGACGGGCUUCAUGGGCAAGGUGCUGCUGGAGAAGCUGCUGCGCUGCUGCCCGGACAUCCGCCGCAUCUACAUCCUGGUGCGCGCCAAGAAGGGCGUGGCGCCGGGCGCGCGCCUCGAGACCCUCAAGAAGGUGGUGCUGUUCGAGCCGCUGCUCAAGGCGCAGCCGGACGCCUUCGCCAAGGUGGUGCCGCUCGAGGGCCAGGUCAACGACCCCUGCAUGGGGCUGAGCGAGGCGGACCAGCAGCGCAUCGUCGACAACGUGUCGGUCGUCUUCCACCUGGCCGCCUCGCUCGACUGGCGCGCCGCCCUCAAGCGCUCCGUCCUGGACAACACGGUCGGCACCCAGCGCGUCAUGGAGUUCUGCGCGAGGAUCAAGAAGCUUGAGUCGCUGGUGUACACGUCGACGGCGUUCUGCCAGUGCGAGGAGGACGUCCUGGAGGAGCGCACCUACAAGCCGCGGGUGGACCCGCACAUGGUCAUGGAGCUCUGCCAGAAGCUGGACGAGGAGGCCAUGGAGAUCAUGCGGCCGUC